CAAAUGACAUCACAGCAGGUCAGAGAAAAAGGGGCGAGCGGCAGGCACCGAGAAGAGUAGGGCAUUUGGCAUUAGGAGCUCGUGCUCGGCCUGCCCCGGCAGGGACCCCGCUGCCCCCAGAGACCAUGCAGAGGUCGCCUCUGGAAAAGGCCAGCGUCGUCUCCAAACUUUUUUUCAGCUGGACCAGACCAAUUUUGAGGAAAGGGUACAGACAGCGCCUGGAAUUGUCAGACAUAUACCACAUCUCUUCUUCUGAUUCUGCUGACAAUCUAUCUGAAAAAUUGGAAAGAGAAUGGGACAGAGAACUGGCUUCUAAGAAAAAUCCUAAACUCAUUAAUGCCCUUCGGCGAUGCUUUUUCUGGAGAUUUAUGUUUUAUGGAAUCAUAUUAUAUUUAGGGGAAGUCACCAAAGCAGUCCAGCCUCUCUUACUGGGAAGAAUCAUAGCUUCCUAUGAUCCAGAUAACAAGGUGGAACGCUCCAUUGCCAUUUACUUGGGCAUCGGCUUGUGCCUUCUCUUUAUCGUGAGGACGCUGCUCCUGCACCCAGCCAUUUUUGGCCUCCAUCACAUCGGCAUGCAGAUGAGAAUAGCUAUGUUUAGUUUGAUUUAUAAGAAGACUUUGAAACUGUCAAGCCGUGUUCUGGAUAAAAUAAGUAUUGGACAACUUGUUAGUCUCCUUUCCAACAACCUGAACAAAUUUGAUGAAGGACUCGCGUUGGCACAUUUCGUGUGGAUCGCUCCUUUGCAAGUGACGCUGCUGAUGGGUUUACUCUGGGAGUUGUUACAGGCCUUCGCCUUCUGUGGACUUGCUUUCCUCGUAGUCUUUGCCCUUCUUCAAGCUGUACUAGGGAGAAUGAUGAUGAAGUACAGAGAUCAGAGAGCUGGAAAGAUCAAUGAAAGACUGGUGAUCACAUCUGAAAUGAUUGAAAAUAUCCAAUCGGUUAAGGCAUACUGCUGGGAAGAGGCAAUGGAAAAAAUAAUUGAGAACCUAAGACAAACAGAACUGAAACUGACCCGGAAGGCAGCCUAUGUGAGAUACCUCAAUAGCUCAGCCUUCUUCUUCUCAGGGUUCUUUGUGGUGUUUUUAUCGGUGCUUCCUUAUGCACUGCUCAAAGGAAUCGGCCUUCGAAAAAUAUUCACAACCAUCUCAUUCUGCAUCGUUCUGCGCAUGGCAGUCACUCGGCAAUUCCCCGGGGCUGUACAAACUUGGUAUGAUUCUCUUGGAGCAAUAAACAAAAUACAGGAUUUCUUACAAAAGCAAGAAUAUAAGACAUUGGAAUAUAACUUAACAACUACAGAAGUAGUGAUGGAGAAUGUAACAGCCUUCUGGGAGGAGGGAUUUGGGAAAUUAUUUGAGAAAGCAAAACAAAAUGAUAACAGUAGAAAAAUUUCCAAUGGUGAUAACAGCCUCUUCUUCAGUAACUUCUCACAUCUCGGUGCUCCUGUCCUGAAAGAGAUCAGUUUCAAGAUAGAAAGAGGACAGCUGUUGGCCGUCGCUGGAUCUACUGGAGCAGGCAAGACUUCACUUCUAAUGAUGAUUAUGGGAGAAUUGGAGCCAUCAGAGGGUAAAAUUAAGCACAGUGGAAGAAUUUCAUUCUGCUCUCAGUUUUCCUGGAUCAUGCCCGGCACCAUUAAAGAUAACAUCAUCUUUGGUGUUUCCUAUGAUGAGUAUAGAUAUAGGAGUGUCAUCAAAGCAUGCCAACUAGAAGAGGACAUCUCCAAAUUUGCAGAGAAAGACAACAUAGUUCUUGGAGAUGGUGGAAUCACACUAAGUGGAGGUCAGCGAGCAAGAAUUUGUUUAGCAAGAGCAGUAUACAAAGAUGCUGAUUUGUACCUAUUAGACUCUCCUUUUGGAUACCUAGAUGUUUUAACAGAGAAAGAAAUAUUUGAAAGCUGUGUCUGUAAAUUGAUGGCUAACAAAACUAGGAUUUUGGUCACUUCUAAAAUGGAGCAUUUAAAGAAAGCUGACAAAAUAUUAAUUUUACAUGAAGGUAGCAGCUAUUUUUAUGGGACAUUUUCUGAAUUACAAAAUCAGCGUCCCGACUUCAGCUCAAAGCUCAUAGGAUAUGACACUUUUGACCAGUUUACUGCAGAACGAAGAAAUUCAAUCAUAACUGAGACUUUACGGCGUUUCUCAUUAGAAGGAGAUACUUCUGUGUCCUGGAACGAAACAAAAAAGCAAUCUUUUAAACAGACUGGAGAGUUUAGUGAAAAAAGGAAGAAUUCCAUUCUCAGUUCAAUCAAUUCUAUAAGGAAAUUUUCAAUUGUACAAAAGUCUCCAUUACAAAUGAAUGGUAUUGAAGAAAAUUCUGAUGAGCCUGCAGAGAGAAGACUAUCCUUGGUCCCCGAUUCUGAACCCGGAGAGGCGAUCCUGCCUCGGAGCAAUGUGAUCAACCCUGGCCCCUCAUUUCAGGGAAGAAGGAGGCAGUCGGUUCUGAACCUUAUGACCCGCUCCUCAGUGAACCAAGGUCAAAGCAUUCACCGAAAGACAGCGACAUCCACACGAAAAAUGUCACUGGCUCCUCAGGCGAACUUAACUGAAAUAGAUAUAUAUUCAAGACGAUUAUCUCAAGAUACUGGCUUGGAAAUAAGUGAAGAAAUCAAUGAAGAAGAUUUAAGGGAGUGCUUUUUUGAUGAUGUGGAGAACAUACCAGCAGUGACUACAUGGAACACAUAUCUUCGAUAUAUUACUGUCCACAAGAGCUUAAUUUUUGUGCUGAUUUGGUGCUUAGUCAUUUUUCUGGCUGAGGUGGCUGCUUCUUUGGUUGUGUUGUGGCUGCUUCCAAAAGUACCUCCUCAAGACAAAGUGAAUAGUACUAAGAGUGCAAAUAACAGUUACGCAGUGAUUAUCACCAGCACCAGCUCGUAUUACGUUUUUUACAUUUAUGUGGGAGUAGCCGACACUUUGCUUGCUCUGGGACUCUUCAGAGGUUUACCACUGGUGCAUACUCUAAUCACAGUGUCAAAAAUUUUACACCACAAAAUGUUACAGUCUGUUCUUCAAGCCCCUAUGUCAACCCUCAACACAUUGAGAGCAGGUGGGAUUCUUAAUAGAUUCUCCAAAGAUAUAGCAGUUUUGGAUGAUCUUCUGCCUCUUACCAUAUUUGACUUCAUUCAGUUGUUAUUAAUUGUGAUUGGAGCUGUGGCAGUAGUCUCAGUUUUACAACCCUACAUCUUCCUAGCUACAGUGCCAGUGAUAGCGGCUUUUAUUUUGUUGAGAGCCUACUUCCUCCACACCUCACAGCAACUCAAACAGCUGGAAUCUGAAGGCAGGAGUCCAAUUUUCACUCAUCUGGUUACAAGUUUAAAAGGACUGUGGACACUUCGUGCCUUUGGACGGCAGCCUUACUUUGAAACUUUGUUCCACAAAGCUCUGAAUUUACAUACUGCCAAUUGGUUCUUGUAUCUAUCAACACUGCGCUGGUUCCAAAUGAGAAUAGAUAUGAUUUUUGUUAUCUUCUUCAUUGCUGUUACCUUCAUUUCCAUCUUAACAACAGGUGAAGGAGAAGGAAGAACUGGAAUUAUUCUAACUUUAGCCAUGAAUAUCAUGAGUACAUUACAGUGGGCUGUAAACUCUAGCAUAGAUGUGGAUAGCUUGAUGCGAUCUGUGCACCGGGUCUUUAAGUUUAUUGAUAUGCCAGCAGAAGAUGGUAAACCUAACAAGUCACUGAAACCAUCCAAGGAUGGCCAGCUCUCAAAAGUUAUGAUUAUUGAGAAUCAACAUGUGAAGAAAGAUGACAUCUGGCCCUCAGGAGGCCAAAUGACUGUCAAAGACCUCACAGCGAAGUAUAUAGACGGUGGGAAUGCCAUAUUAGAGAACAUUUCCUUCUCGAUAAGUCCUGGCCAGAGGGUGGGCCUCUUAGGAAGAACUGGAUCAGGGAAGAGCACUUUGUUACUAGCUUUUUUGAGGCUGCUGAACACCAAAGGAGAAAUCCAAAUAGAUGGUGUGUCUUGGGAUUCAGUAACUUUGCAACAAUGGAGGAAAGCCUUUGGAGUCAUACCACAGAAAGUUUUCAUCUUUUCUGGAACAUUUAGAAAAAACUUGGAUCCCUAUGGACAGUGGAGUGAUCAGGAAAUAUGGAAAGUUGCAGAUGAGGUUGGACUCAGAUCUGUGAUAGAGCAGUUUCCUGGGAAGCUUGAUUUUGUCCUUGUGGAUGGGGGUUGUGUCCUAAGCCACGGCCACAAGCAGCUGAUGUGCUUGGCCAGAUCUGUUCUCAGUAAAGCAAAGAUCUUGCUGCUUGAUGAACCCAGUGCUCAUUUGGAUCCAGUAACAUACCAGAUCAUUCGAAGAACCCUAAAACAAGCGUUUGCUGAUUGUACAGUAAUCCUCUCUGAACACAGGAUAGAAGCAAUGUUGGAAUGUCAACGAUUUUUGGUCAUAGAGGAGAAUAGAGUGCGGCAGUACGAUUCCAUCCAGAGGCUGCUGAGCGAGAAGAGCCUCUUCCGACAGGCGAUCAGCCCUGCAGACCGCUUGAAGCUCUUCCCCCACCGCAACUCGAGCAAGCAGAGGUCUCGGUCCAAAAUUGCAGCUCUGAAGGAGGAGACGGAAGAAGAGGUGCAAGAAACAAGGCUUUAGAGAGCAGAACAAAUGUUUGCCUGGGACUUUCACACGUGGAGUUGCAGAAAAAAAAAGUUUCUGCCUCAGAAAACAAGGAUGUUUUUUCAAAAAAGGAAAAAUUUGGGUAAGAGGAAUUAAGGACGUUCCUCUGGGUCUGGAUAAAUGGCUUCUUGGCAGUGGUCAAAUUGUGUGACAGGUACUUCAAAUCCUUGAAGAAUUUUCCACUUGUAUUUGCAAGCCAGCUUUUCCUGAAAACUUUUCCCUUUGGUGGUCACUGGAAAGGUGGCUGUAAACAUCAAUCAACUUAAUUCUUCAACUUAUUGUUUAGUGAAACUUACUCAUUUGUAUUAUUGGAGAACUGUAAUCAUACUACUUAAGAGAUACAAUUAAGUAAUGAUAACUGGAAACUUUAGUGGCUUGUAUAUGUUUAUAUACCUUUUUCUCCACUCUCUCCUCGAUAUUUAAAAACACAGAUAUAUUGUCUGUUAAGGAUUCAGACUGUCCCAUUUCCAAGCAAGUAAAGGAAUGCUGUGAGAGUCACAAGAAAGCCCAUCAAAAUAUGCACCACUCAACAUCUAAGUAUCAGUCAGGAGACAGAACUUCCCAAUCCUGGAAAUCAGGGUUAGAACCAUUCAGCAAUACCCAAAUCCAACUACUUCAGACAAUCAGAAACCAUCCCUUUUCUGGGAAACAGGCUGUUACAGUGCCAUGCAGGGAACAAGGAUGUAGCUCCCUUGAUUUGGAAGUGAACAUGUCUGCUUCCAGAAAGUAACAAGCUCAUAAGACUUCUGAACUGAAGGAUGGCUGGAAAAAUGCUUUAAUGCAAAUUGGUUCAGGAAAACCUUCAUAACACAGAAGCUCCAGGUAGAGAGUGUGUAGGCAGAUAGGCUGUGGGUGCUACAGGUAGAUGUACAUGAAAUUCAAAGAUCUAGAUAUAGAGAGGGCGAUGUGGUGUGUUUUCAGGCUACCUAUGUGCACUUCAUACUGUAUGUACUGAGCGGGAGAGAGAAUGGACACACUGAAGAAGAGUCAAUCAUGAAUUCGUUUUAUAUGCUUCUGUUUUAUAAUUUUGUGAUGCAAAUGAAAUUUUCUGUAGGAAAUAUUUAUUUUGAUAAUGUUUCAAACUCAUAUCUAAAUGACUGUAUUUUAAGAAUGAUUAUAUUAUGAAUUAUAUUUGUUAUAAAAGAAUUUUUAUAUUUGAAAUGUUGACUUUUUAUGGCACUAGCUGUUUUUAUGAUAUAUUAUGUUAAAACUGGGAGAGGGGGGAAACCUUGGGGAAUAUUGGCCAGGGUCUAUGAAUUAUGUUGUUGGCGUGGAGAGAAACCUUAGGUCCCACACAGAUGUGUAUACACACACCUGUAUGAUUCCCGGCCAGCACACUGGUUCCCUCUUAGAUGUAGUUCUAAAGAAAAGGAUACCACAAAAUCUGACUGCCCCUAUCAAGGAUACACUGCCUUUUCAACUCCUGACUAACCCUUAAGAUUGCAUUCUAUUUAUUCCUAUAAGAAAAUAUCAUGUGUCAAUAAAAUCCAUAUACU